CAUGAAAAGGACCCUUUUCUCAUUUCCUUGUUUAACAGCUUAAGACGCUCUUUCUUUAUCCUCAAAAAAUGGGCUUGUUCUUUAAGUAGCUCAGUUGCAACAGGAGGCUGUUGUUGCAGUGAUUUGAACUCGAGAUUGACCCCUGGAACCUCCUCCUUAUGUAUGAAGUCCUUUAACAGAUAAAAGAAGCUAUGGUUCUCCCUAGUCAGGUGCCUAAGAAAGACGCCAGAAGAAUUGAAUUCAACAACCCAAGGAGCUUUUUACUUCCUGGAAGUAGCCUUGCCUCUGUUGAAUCCUUAUCCAUGCCUCUCGUCCACGAAGUUGUUUACUCAGCAGAUAUUAGAUGUGCAGAGUGUCAAAUGAGAAUAGCAGACAUAAUCUCAAGAAUGAAUGCAGAUACAGAUUCUGUUUUGGUAAAUGUGUUGGAGAACAAGGUAACACUCACCUCUAGAUACCCUGGAAGUACUAAGUUGGGUCCAAGGCAAGUUCCUGUUAUUUAUAGGAAUCCUAUCAGCACAAUGGCCAUGAUCAAGAAGCUCUUUCGCUUGUCCCGUAGUUGAAUACUGAUGGACAACCAUCCAACAUGCUACAGAAUUCUUCGUAUGGAGAUUUGCUUGUUCUUAUACUUUUUGUUGUAAAAGGUUACUGUUCCCAGUUUUUGGUCGUAAUAUCUCAAAUGUAUAUGGAAACAUAGUGCGCUGUUGGAUGUGUUUUAAAUUAUCAACCGAACUCUUCACCUUUGUUAUACUAUGUUACUUGAUCCAAACUAUUCAUUUUCUAUAAAGCAUCUGUAUUUUGCGAUUUUCAGAUAA